GCCUGUUGCAAGUGUUUGGCUUCUUGCGAACAUGACGGAAGCACCAUUGUGGCAGCUGUGACAGAUAGCUCAAACACGGGCAUUCCAUUCGUGGUCCUGAAGGCGAGCAAUGGCCGCCCCACCGAACGUUCCAGCCAUGGCGGCCAUGGAAGCGGGCGAGAAGGUCUCCGUAUGGAACUACGACUUAAAGCCUGAAGGAGAGAACGACGUCACCAUCAAGAUCACGAAGUGCGGCAUCUGCGCCACCGACAUUCACAUGAUCAACAAUGCUUGGGGCUUUUCCGUAUAUCCUCUGAUUCCUGGCCAUGAAAUUGUGGGAGAGGUGGUGUCCUAUGGUUCUAAAGUCUCAGGCUUCCAGAAGGGCGACUUGGUGGGACUCGGUUGCCUGGCCCAGAGCUGUGAAAAAUGCCCCAAAUGCACCACGCAGCAGCGCGACAAUUUGUGCCCGGAGCUGAAGUUCACUUAUUUCCACACGGUGGUCGAUGAGACCGGAGAGUUUCAGCAUCGCGGUGGUUUUGCGUCCUACAUCCGAACUCCAGCCUCGAAGGUGUUGAAAAUCCCAGAAGGUUUGGAUCCGGCAGAGGCAGCUCCACUGCUAUGUGCAGGUGUCACCACUUUCACACCGCUCAAUGAAUUUUCAGGCAACACCGGCUCUCUCAAGGGCAAGAAGGUGGGCGUCAUUGGCCCCGGAGGCCUGGGCCACUUGGCGGUGCAGUUCGCAGCCAAAAUGGGAGCUGAGACGGUGGUGAUUGCCCGGAACGAAGCCAAGAAAGACUUCGCCUUCCAACUGGGAGCCACCGGAUUUUUAGUCUCGGAAAGCAAGGACGACAUGGAGGCAGCUGCCCGCAGUUUCGAUUUUAUCAUCUCGUGCAUCUCGGGAGGAGAACUUGAUGUGCAUCCAUACAUCAACUUGUUGGCACCCUACGGCACUCUGCACUUUGUGGGCAUCCCUGACAAGCCCCUCACCUUGGACUUGAUGACCAUGAUGUUCACACGGCGCAGCAUUUCCUGCUCUCCGGUGGGUUCUACCCAGCAGUGUAGGGACAUGCUCGAGUUUGCAGCCAAGCAUGGAGUCAAGCCGAUCAUCGAACGGUUCCCCCAUUCCAAGGCUGAGGAGGCGUUGGAAAAAGUGCGAAGUGGAAAGAUCCGAUUUCGUGCAGUCCUUGAGAAUGAUCUUCUCAGCGACGCACAUGCGGAGAAAUCAGGAUAUGGCCAGUAGAAGGAGGAGAAAGACGCUUGAGACUUGCGGAGCACCAUGUACGGUGUGGCAUUCCAUUUUUGUGGCCUCCAGGGUUUGUACCCGGGGGCGACCAAGUCUUGUGCCACAAGAUGCACAAAGUAUUUGUGUCUUCGGCCCCUCAGAUGGUACAGACGUCGAAGUAAAA